AACCACAAAAAGCAAAACGAAAGGGACCCCACUCCCAAUCAAACUGACCAACUACUAUAUAAACCAGUCCAAACCCAUUGAUCCAAACUCACCAAACCACAAACACAUCCAAGCAAACCAAAGCAAGACCAGCACUUUGCAAAACUCUAUCCAAAACCCAAGUGCUGCUAUUAAUUUCUCCUUCUCAGUUGUUCAUUUCUUCAGGUUUUGUGAUCAUCAAGAGUAAAAAACACAAACACACACACACACACACACACACACAAAAAUGAAUAGGGAAGGAGAUUGGAUGUGUGCAGCUUGCCAAUACACAAACUUCAAGCGACGAGACGCAUGCCAGAAAUGUGGUUGCCCUAAGUUCGCUUCGGCGGCCGACAUCGCAACAUACAGGACGAUAAACAGAACAGAGGUUUUGCCAGGGGAUUGGUAUUGCACUGGGAUGAACUGUGGUGCCCAUAAUUAUGCCAGCAGAAAUAACUGCUAUAGAUGUGGAGCUUCAAAGGGUGGUGAUUACGGCGGCUAUGUCCCCGGCAUGAUCCCUCCGCCGGCUUACUUAUGUGAUCCCUCUGUUAUUCCUGGCUGGAAAACUGGUGAUUGGAUUUGCACCAGAUAUGGAUGUGGUGAGCAUAACUAUGCCAGCAGGCUAGAAUGCCAUAAGUGCAAAUCGCUUCGAGAUUUCUGUAAGUCACGAUUCUAAAUAUGCAAUCUUUAUUUAUUUAUUUAUUUUUUUUGUAAUUGCAUUUUAGUGACCAUCUUAGUUUAACUUUAACCUUAUCAUCAUUUGCUAUCCAUUUUUCAGGAAGCAAAUACGCGAAAUUUGUGAACAAUGGAAGAGUGUGACUUUAAACUAGUAGAUGUAUUCAACCAAAGUACGACCACAACAAACAUCGAUCAUCAAUUUGCCCUCCAGACAAAAAAAAAAAAAAAAAACUGAAAACUAAUGUAUUAGAAUGUUUUGUGUAUUAGUCUUUUCUUCACUUCUUUAAUUAGUUCUGUCUAAAAAAAAAAAACACCAACGAAAAAAGAAAAGAAGAAAAAAGGGGGGCUGUUGACACAUUUUCCGCAGAAUUGUUCUGCAUUUUCCGGAACAAAUGUAGCUAACACCCAUAUUGUGAAUGUACUUCACUGAAUUUAAAACUAAUGAAAUCCCUUGAUUUUCCCACUUGAUGGAAAGUUCGUUUGCAACUCUCCAUGUCAUCAAUGUAUGACAUAUUGUUCAGAGAACUAAAGCUCCCUGAUUAGUUACUGUCCAAAGCCAAGAAUUAUUCGCAGGGUCCUCCUGCAAGGAGCAUGGACCACACCAUUAGAGCCAAAAAUAAUAAUAAUAAUAAUAAUAAACAUAGAACUCG